AUGAAAGCUCCAGAAAAACGAGAAGAGGAAGUUGUUAUAUCAGAAAAUCAACGCGAAAAACAGGAACGAUUACGCCGUAAUCUUGAUAUCAAUAGGGAGAAGAUCCGAGCCAUUUUAUCUGCUUGCAAUCGCUCAUCCCCACGAGAAUUACUUUCACUUCUGUGUACGUCUUCCACGCAGCCUUCAAGUCGCCGCUCUCCAAAAAGAAAUGAGAAAUUUGAAGACCCGAUAAUGUCAAAAAAUAAUUAUAGUAACGAAACAGAAAGCUUAUCUGUACAGUCAGAAGAAAAUGAGACCAAAACCGAAAAAUUAAGCAAAAGUGGUGGUAGUAUCAAAAAAAUGAUAUAUGAAGCAAAAAAGUCGGAAGAAGUAAGAGGAAUGGAAAAACAGAUCAAUCUCAAAGCAAUAACGGAUCUGACGAUGUCGCACUCUGAUUCAUCAUCCUUGCAAUCGCAUUCAGGAUCAGAAUGA